AUGAAGAAGUAUAGGCUUCGGCGUGUGAUUGGAGAGGGUGCAUCGAGUACUGUGUAUGGCGGGAUAUCCACGGCUGGGGAGGAUGUGGCUGUGAAGAUAACUCCGCGAAGAGGAAAGGCGGGUGACAUGGCAUACAAAGAGAUCAGGAUGCUGGACUGUGUCAAACACGAAAAUAUUGUUAAGGUUGUUGACAAGUUUGAAUCUGAGAACCAUGUGUAUAUAGUUGAGGAGCUGUGCGACUUGAAUCUUGUUUCGUUUCUUAAUGAAUACGAGGUUGAUGAAAAUGUAGCCUUGAAGAUACUGAGGAUGAUACUGUGUGGGCUAAGACACAUCCAUUCGAUGGGAAUUAUACACAGAGACCUGAAGCUAGGGAACAUACUUUUGAAGGGAAACACUGUGAAGAUCUGUGACUUUGGACUUUCAUGCUACGUAGAGGACAACAAGCAUGAAUUCUGUGGAACGAUGGACUACCUUGCGCCCGAGGUGAUUGACGGAAGGAAGUAUACUCAGAGUGUUGACAUAUGGUCGGCAGGGAUCGUAUUUUAUGUUCUACUUACGAAGAAGAAGUUCUAUGAGUCUCUGGGUGCCUUGAAGUGUUCUGAAGAACUCAGAGACCUUCUUGGAAGGCUACUUGAGAGGGAUGAGACCAAGAGAAUCAGCGCAAGUGAGGCGUUGAUGCAUAGAAGCUUCAGUAGAUUCAUACCGAGAUGCGAGGAUUUCAGAUGUCUUCCCUCCUUUGAGAAGAGCACGAGGUACGGAAUGGUGAAGAAGACCAGAGAUUCUGUUGAGCUGGGGGAUGCCAGGAUAGUGGCCAGGAGUAAGAAGAACGGCCAUGGGGUAAGAAAACAUCCAGAUGCAAGAUGCUUAUGUGGCGAGAUAUUUGGAUAUUCUGUGUUUAUUAGGUCUGAGGAGAUUGAGCCUGCAUUUAUUACGAAUGGAGACCUGAAGGCAUUAAGCCUGCUUACUGCAAACGUAAAGAUGGUGAAGGAUAGAACACCGAAAAUAAUAAUAGAAAGUGGUGGAGACAAGUUUUAUUAUAUGUUUUCUGGGGGAUUUGCAUAUGUCACGGAAGAGCUUACCUUGAGAACAAAAGACAAAGGAUAUGAAAUGAGUUUUAAAGGUAAAGAGAAGGUGUGUUCUGAGGACAUUCCCGAUUUUCUGUACGAAGUUAUCACAGGGCUAAAGGCCAGAAGCGAAGUAAUUGACAGGGGUGUAUGCUGGUAUACAAGAGACACGCCCAUACUAGUGGGUUGUUCCUCACAUCAGCAGUUCUCCAUGUCAUGUGUGUCACAAGUGAGCGAUAUGAGUAUAAGGAUGAGGACACACUAUGAUUACAUCGAAAAUGUUGGGUGGUGUAUUAGAGACGGGCUCAAUCUCCUAUUUCUGAUGAAUAGUGGAGAAAGAUUUGAGGUUUUAUGCGAAGAUCUGGCGGUCAGAUACAAGGAGAGUGUGCUUCUUAUUGACGACGACCUUCCGAUGAAACUCAAACACUAUUUGAAAAGCAUCUCUCCCUUCCUGAGGAGUAUUCGUGAUGGUUUUAUAUAG